GGAACACACCAUCGUGCACAAAUUCGAGCAACAAAACUGCUUGGUGUCUCUAGAUAUUAAAUUCUCGCACAUUUAUUUGGACGGAUCAACCAAUCACAAUCACUCGUUUUCAAUGAAAAAUAAUAAUAUGACAAUCAAAGCAUCACAAAAUCAACCUUUAUAAUCAUAUGAAAAAAUGUGGUUAUGUUAGGCUACCUAAAAUAGUAAAAUAUCAAAAGCUUAGAUUUUGAUGAAAUUAAUGCAUUAAAAAGAAUAUACCUUUAAUCCUAAGUUAUUUUUCGAACUUGGCAAUAUUUAUGUAGUGACUAUGCAUACUGAUGAUGUAUUCAGGAAAGUCAUCGAAACUGCUGCCGGUUAGCUUCGUUUAAUAAUGUAUUUUUUAUCAUUGAAUACGUUAUAAUAUAAAUAAAUCUUCAAAUAAAAUGAAAUUUCGAAAAUAUUUCAAGCAAUUUUGCAGAUUACAGCAUUCUUGGCUGCACACAUUGUCUGCAGAGGCAUCGGGAAGAAGUGUGGCUGCUGCAAAACUAUGCAUGCCACAACCGGAAUAUAACACAGAUUUUCUGUGCAAUCCUGCCAAUCGUGACAUCAUCUUAAAUAAUAUCAGAAAAAGAAAGGGUAUCGGGGAUAUUGAUAAAGUCCUUGAAUACUCAGGCAAGCCCGAGAAGCAAGAAUUGUUCCUGCAAGAAUUGAGCAAAAUACCAAACUGUACGCAUCCUGUGGUAACUGAGUAUGAUGAGCCAAGACUGUUAAAAGAAUGUGGCAAGAAAGCAGAAUUUGACUUUGAGCCUAAAGAGUUUGCUGAACUUAUCAGUAAUCUAAAAGCGAUAAGAACUCAAGCGUUGGGUCCAGUUGCUGGGCAGAGAGCUUAUGCAUUUCUAGGAGAUUUGGCUCAACUGGAAGAAGCACUGGUUCAUUAUACAGUUGGAAAAUUGAUGAAGCAUGGAUUUAAGUUAUUCUCAGUUCCCGAUAUUAUUCCUACUAAAAUUAUCGAGAGAUGUGGUUUGAUAGUGGACGGCAAUAGAACUCUUAUUUAUAAUUUAGAUCCUCAUUACGGUGACGAUUAUAGCUUGUCCGGAACUGCAGAAAUGUCAUUAGCUGCCAAGUUGAUGAAUACCACAUUCUCUUAUGAUGCAUUGCCAGUUAAAAUGGCUGCUGUUAGUCGAUGCUAUCGCGCAGAAGCUUCAAGUACUCUGGACGAAAGGGGAAUCUAUAGAGUUCAUCAGUUCACUAAAGUGGAAAUGUUUGUCUGCUCCGAACCGUGUCAGUCCGAGAAAGUGUUUCAAGAUCUUCAAGAUAUACAGGAGGAAUUGUUCUCUUCAUUAGGAUUGCACUUUCAAAUAAUGGAUAUGCCUCCGUCUGAUCUAGGUUCGCCAGCUUAUAGGAAAUGUGAUAUGGAGGGCUGGAUGCCUGGAAGAAAGUUGUAUGGUGAAUUGUCCAGUUGUAGCAAUUGUACAGAUUACCAAUCGAGACGCCUGAACAUCAGAUACAGAACGAAAGAUGGGAACGUGGUUCACGUGCACACGCUUAAUGGAACCGCGUGCGCAAUACCGCGCAUGUUAAUCGCACUAUGCGAGACUUACCAGACGAAACACCAUCGUAUCACCGUGCCGGAGAAAUUGGUGCCUCUGAUGAAAGGCAAAACGCUUAUCAAGAAACAAUCAACUCCGGAUAUGAGAAUUUAUAAGUACAAACCAAAAAUAAAUCUAGAAAAAGUGUAAAUAAAGUUAAAUUAACUUCUCGUCA